AUGCACCCCACAGAUCUACACAAUCGCACGCCGCCAACGAAAGUUACCGGAUUUUGUACACCUCCAAUGCCAAGUGCGGCGAAGAAAGCGAGCCCAGCUUCUUCGACGAAACAUCUUAGAUACUGCCAUCUCGCUCGUUGGAACCCCACAGUGAGAACUGAAGAAAGAGACAACGUGUGCUUAAAAGAGAAAGUGGGCCACGUUACGUUUCUCGGUACCAUUAACACGGGCAUUGAACGUGAAGGCCGCGCGUGGUUUCCUCUCGGCGCAGCGGGAGCGGCGCGCGGCGCACGCGUCCAAGUGAAAGAUGCAGCCGGUGCAGUUCCGGCGCGGACGACGCUGCACUCGGUCACUGGGUCAGCCCCACUCGGCGCCGGCUGGUGGCUGCGGGGGGCGGCGCUGGGUGCGCGCGCGGUGCCGUACUGCGCGCGCUCACAGUGCUCGUUGCCAUGGCUGGUGUGGCUGCACGCUAGCCCCAUGCCCAGCGCCGCCCGCGCCUCCGCCGCGCCCUCGGCUAGUGCUCCUCUCACCGUCUUCUGUUGGUUGCAGGCCGCUGACUGA